CAACGAACUGAACAUCGAGCUGAUGUGCCGGAGGCAUUACAUUAUGGAUCGGGAUUUAUAAAGAUGCCGGAAAGGUAGCGUGCUGUACGAUCAGCAGGACGACUGGAAUGUUCUGAUGAAAGCAAGUGUAGUUGACAAGAAGCACAAUUGAUGGUACCGCCGUUGCCAGAUAUACGUCGCUUAAGAUACUGUCUGCGCCAGUCUACAUAAAUUCUUUUCGAUUUCAUUAUCAUUAUUACUGACAUAAGAAUUUAAUUAUAUCCACGUUUUUACAUGGAUCGCAAUUCAAUCAAAUUCGCAGUGCCCCGAUUACGAAGGUAAUAUCGGCGCGUAUACAAAGUAUGAAACAGACGACGGCGGUAUCACGAAAAUUAAAUCUGAUAAAAAUGACGUGGUGAGAAGAUACGCUUAUCACUUGACGGGAGCGUCGAAGGAAUUACAAGAAGUAGGAUGGAGGAGAGCACAAGUUCAGAAAAUGUCUGGCACAAGGGCAAACCUGAAGAGCAAAGCGAGCUGUUUCAAGGAGAGUCCACAGCCGCAUCUGUAGAAGCUAACUCUACGUCGUUGGCUGAUAUAUUUGAUACAGCAUUCACAUCGACAGUUGAUCCCUCUCCACAACCUCGGUUUCCUUCAGGUAAUGAAAUGGAGUAUGAGCAUUUAUUUGCAGAAAGCGAUAUUGAAGAGUCAGAUGUAACAGCUAUAGGUCCUUAUACAAAUUCAACUCAUCCUACUGCUUCCGAAAAUAAUUUUGUUUAUGGAAAUUAUUUACCACAACAAGAUGCAACUGGUGAUUCACAGGAAUAUUGGCAACCUGAUCUCUUGAAUUGCAACAUGUGCCAAAAUAGACAAGAAAGAAAUUCUAAAAAAGAUCCUCCAACUCGACAAUUGAAUAAUUCAUGCGAGGAGAGAGUGUGUGAUAAUUAUAGAAGAAAAAGAAUUUUGCACGAUCGUGAUUUGACAGUCAAGCAUAAAACUAAAAAGAGCGACGAGCAAAAAUUAUUGAGUGGUCAACAGCCAGAUAGUUUGAGUAUAGCAGGACCAUCUAGAUUGUCAGAUCAUUCUAUUUCAAACAAUAUAACGAGAUCAACAGAAAAUGCAGAUGUUUUACAAAAUUUAGGAAGUAAUAAUGCCAAUGAGUCUAAUAGUUUGUAUCAUUCAGUUAUAUCAAAUGUGAUAACUCCUGAAGAAAUACGUUCAUCUCAAAGUGAUGAUGCACCAUCAGCACCAGAUUUGCAGUUAGAUUGGUCCUCCAGUAGUGAUAGUGAUGAUGAGGAUGGCUCAGUUGAAGUACUUGGAACUGUCAACCAUAAUACCAAGAACUCAUUAGAAAACACAAGUGAAGAUAAUCGUACAGUCACCGUAGUUGACUUAACUGUAGAAUCUGAUGAAGAACAUACAUCAUCUACACCAACAAAUCCUGUAGUUAAUCCAUGGUCAACAGAUUUUAGUCAUAGAAAUAAUACCCACUGUAUGCAUGGAUCACCAGAAUAUUGGAAUCAUCUGCAUAACAUAGGCACGUAUCACAAUCACAGAUUGCCUGUUCAUACAAGUUAUUCAUCUAUAGGAGGUAUAUAUUUUAUUAUAAACAAAAAUGCACUUUAAUUUACUAAAUUGAAUUUUAUUAUUAUAUAUAGUGCGGGACCAUGUAACGCUCAUGUGCAUUCAUCAACUCAACAUACUUGUGGAGAGGGAGGAAACAGUAGUCCCCCGAAUACUCGAUGCAAUAAUGGAACGGAUAACGCAGCGUAUACAGAAAAUUAUCUCCCACCUCCUAUUUUACCGCCGCCGCAGCAACCGACUGUUUAUAGUCAUCCUGAAGCUCGAGGGCCAUCUAGUUUCUAUAGGGGACCAUGUCCUGUGCUGCCUAUAAUCGUAAAUCCAUUGAAUAAUCAACCAGUUGACUCAAUGUCUUCGUUAAUGUUACCAUCGUUACAUCAACCAAUACAUCAACAUGUACAUCAUCACAUGUAUCAUUAUGAUCCACAUCAACGGCCGUCGCAACGCAUGCAUCACGUUCACAUUAGUUUCCAUCCCCAUAUGCAAGGAUCUGGAGCACACCAGAUAGGUUUGCCAUUUGCACCAGGUAUGUCAGAAUUUGUAUUGCAAGGAGCACGUCAUAUGUCACGAUUGGACAAUUAUAUGCGCAUUGUUGAUUUGCGACGUAUGGCUCAUAUAAGUUGUGGAGCUACACAAGAAUCAAUUGAAAGCCAUACAUUCCCUCACAAAUAUAAACGGGUAAAAAAAGUAGAAAAUGGCGAAGAUGCUAUUGAGAAAUGUACAAUAUGUUUAUCUGAAUUUGAAGAUUGCGAACGUGUUAGGAGGCUUCCAUGUAUGCAUUUAUUUCAUAUUGACUGCGUUGAUCGAUGGUUAUGCACCAAUAAACGUUGUCCUAUAUGUCGAGUGGAUAUCGAAACAUUUCUCCAUAAAGAAUUUACUACUUCGGAACAAUAGUUUAAGGUUUCCCAUAUCUGCCUCUUUUUGAAAUGUAAUCAGGUAACAUAUGUAUAUGAUAUCAAAUAUUUCAAGAUGGUCGAUCCAGGAAAGAUAUACUGGAUUACUACUACUAUUACGGAAUAAUAUUGUAAAAAUGAUAUGGAUAAUCAAAAUAACAAAGCAUCAGCUGAGUUCCUCAAG